GUUUUUCUAGGUUCGAAUGGCACCGUGCUGGAAAGUCGGGCAGACGGUCUCGUUCAGUCCAGCCAGACAAAUCGAGCGGCGGUCUCGAAUCUGUUGACGACGGCGGUCUCGCUCUAUCUAAGGCUCGGAGCCCGGCGGUGUCAGUUUCUCGAGAUGAGCGUUCUCGGGUGGUGCAGACGAGACUUGGGGCGGCCUGGAAAGUGACCCAGGACGGCGAGUUCUGCAUUCCGAGAUGA